AUGGUACACUCAACGGGAGUUGUCGGAGCUGGGGGAAGACAGCAGGAGCUGGAGCAGACAGCAGGAGCUGGGGAAGACAGCAGGAGCUGGGGAAGACAGCAGGAGCUGGGGAAGACAGCAGGAGCUGGGGAAGACAGCAGGAGCUGGGGAAGACAGCAGGAGCUGGGGAAGACAGCAGGAGCUGGGGAAGACAGCAGGAGCUGGAGCAGACAGCAGGAGCUGGGGAAGACAGCAGGAGCUGGGGAAGACAGCAGGAGCUGGGGAAGACAGCAGGAGCUAGGGAAGACAGCAGGAGCUGGGGAAGACAGCAGGAGCUGGGGAAGACAGCAGGAGCUGGAGGAGCUGGGAAAGACAGCAGGAGCUGGGGAAGACAGCAGGAGCUGGGGAAGACAGCAGAAGUUGGGGAAGAGAACAGGAGCUGGGGAAGACAGCAGGAGCUGGGGAAGACAGCAGGAGCUGGGGAAGACAGCAGGAGCUGGGGAAGACAGUAGGAGCUGUCAGAGUUGGGGAAGACAGCAGGAGCUGGGGAAGACAGCAGGAGCUGGGGAAGACAGCAGGAGCUGGGGAAGACAGCAGGAGCUGGGGAAGACAGCAGGAGCUGGGGAAGACAGCAGGAGCUGGAGCAGACAGCAGGAGCUGGGGAAGACAGCAGGAGCUGGGGAAGACAGCAGGAGCUGGGGAAGACAGCAGGAGCUGGGGAAGACAGCAGGAGCUGGAGGAGCUGGGAAAGACAGCAGGAGCUGGGGAAGACAGCAGGAGCUGGGGAAGACAGUAGGAGCUGUCAGAGUUGGGGAAGACAGCAGGAGCUGGGGAAGACAGCAGGAGCUGGGGAAGACAGCAGGAGCUGGGGAAGACAGCAGGAGCUGGGGAAGACAGCAGGAGCUGGGGAAGACAGCGGGAGUUGGGGAAGACAGCAGGAGCUGGGGAAGACAGCAGGAGUUGGGGAAGCUGGAGGAGCUGGGGAAGACAGCAGGAGCUGGGGAAGACAGCAGGAGCUGGGGAAGAGAGCAGGAGUUGGGGAAGCUGGAGGAGCUGGGGAAGACAGCAGGAGCUGGGGAAGACAGCAGGAGCUGGGGAAGACAGCAGGAGCUGGAGCAGACAGCAGGAGCUGGGGAAGACAGCAGGAGCUGGGGAAGACAGCAGGAGCUGGGGAAGACAGCAGGAGCUGGGGAAGACAGCAGGAGCUGGAGGAGCUGGGAAAGACAGCAGGAGCUGGGGAAGACAGCAGGAGCUGGGGAAGACAGUAGGAGCUGUCAGAGUUGGGGAAGACAGCAGGAGCUGGGGAAGACAGCAGGAGCUGGGGAAGACAGCAGGAGCUGGGGAAGACAGCAGGAGCUGGGGAAGACAGCAGGAGCUGGGGAAGACAGCAGGAGCUGGGGAAGACAGCGGGAGUUGGGGAAGACAGCAGGAGCUGGGGAAGACAGCAGGAGUUGGGGAAGCUGGAGGAGCUGGGGAAGACAGCAGGAGCUGGGGAAGACAGCAGGAGCUGGGGAAGAGAGCAGGAGUUGGGGAAGCUGGAGGAGCUGGGGAAGACAGCAGGAGCUGGGGAAGACAGCAGGAGCUGGGGAAGACAGCAGGAGCUGGGGAAGACAGCAGGAGCUGGGGAAGACAACAGGAGCUGAGGCAGACAACAGGAGCUGGGGAAGACAGCAGGAGUUGGGGGAGACACCAGGAGCUGGGGAAGACAGCAGGAGCUGGGGAAGACAACAGGAGCUGAGGCAGACAACAGGAGCUGGGGAAGACAGCAGGAGUUGGGGGAGACACCAGGAGCUGGGGAAGACAGCAGGAGUUGGGGGAGACACCAGGAGCUGGGGAAGACAUCAGGAGCUGGGGAAGACAGCAGGAGCUGGGGAAGACAGCAGGAGCUGGGGAAGACAGCAGGAGCUGGGGAAGACAGCAGGAGCUGGGGAAGACAGCAGGAGCUAG